AUGGGCCAAGGGGACGAGAGCGAGCGCAUCGUGAUCAACGUGGGCGGCACGCGCCACCAGACGUACCGCUCGACGCUGCGCACGCUGCCCGGCACGCGGCUCGCCUGGCUGGCGGAGCCCGACGCCCACAGCCAUUUCGACUAUGACCCGCGCGCCGACGAGUUCUUUUUCGACCGCCACCCAGGCGUCUUCGCGCACAUCCUGAACUACUAUCGCACUGGCAAGCUGCACUGCCCCGCCGACGUGUGCGGGCCACUCUAUGAAGAGGAGCUGGCCUUCUGGGGCAUCGACGAGACCGACGUGGAGCCCUGCUGCUGGAUGACUUACCGCCAGCAUCGCGACGCAGAGGAGGCGCUCGAUAGCUUUGGCGGCGCACCCCUUGACAACAGCGCCGACGACGCGGACGCCGACGGCCCCGGCGACUCAGGUGACGGUGAGGACGAGCUGGAGAUGACCAAGCGCCUGGCGCUUAGCGACUCCCCGGACGGACGGCCAGGCGGCUUCUGGCGCCGCUGGCAGCCGCGCAUCUGGGCGCUCUUCGAGGACCCCUACUCCUCCCGCUACGCGCGGUAUGUGGCCUUUGCCUCCCUCUUCUUCAUCCUGGUCUCCAUCACCACCUUCUGCCUGGAGACCCACGAGCGCUUCAACCCCAUCGUGAACAAGACAGAGAUCGAGAAUGUUCGGAACGGCACGCAAGUGCGCUACUACCGGGAAGCAGAGACGGAGGCCUUCCUCACCUACAUCGAGGGCGUCUGUGUGGUCUGGUUCACCUUCGAGUUCCUCAUGCGUGUCGUCUUCUGCCCCAACAAGGUAGAGUUCAUCAAGAACUCGCUCAACAUCAUUGACUUUGUGGCCAUCCUCCCCUUCUACUUGGAGGUGGGCCUAAGCGGCCUGUCCUCUAAGGCCGCCAAGGACGUCCUGGGCUUCCUGCGCGUUGUCCGCUUCGUGCGCAUCCUGCGCAUCUUCAAGCUGACCCGCCACUUUGUGGGCCUGCGGGUUCUGGGCCACACUCUUCGCGCCAGCACCAAUGAGUUCUUGCUGCUUAUCAUCUUCCUGGCCCUGGGCGUCCUGAUCUUCGCCACCAUGAUCUACUAUGCCGAGAGGAUAGGGGCACAGCCCAAUGAUCCCAGCGCCAGUGAGCAUACACACUUUAAGAACAUCCCCAUCGGCUUCUGGUGGGCCGUGGUCACCAUGACGACGCUGGGCUACGGAGAUAUGUACCCGCAGACGUGGUCCGGCAUGCUGGUGGGAGCACUCUGUGCGCUGGCGGGCGUGCUGACCAUCGCCAUGCCUGUGCCCGUCAUCGUGAACAAUUUUGGGAUGUAUUACUCCUUAGCCAUGGCUAAGCAGAAACUACCAAAGAAAAAAAAGAAGCAUAUUCCACGGCCACCGCAGCUGGGAUCUCCCAAUUAUUGUAAAUCUGUCGUAAACUCUCCACACCACAGUACUCAGAGUGACACAUGCCCGCUGGCCCAGGAAGAAAUUUUAGAAAUUAACAGAGCAGAUUCCAAACUGAAUGGGGAGGUGGCGAAGGCCGCGCUGGCGAACGAAGACUGCCCCCACAUAGACCAGGCCCUCACUCCUGAUGAGGGCCUGCCCUUUACUCGCUCGGGCACCCGCGAGAGAUACGGACCCUGCUUCCUCUUAUCAACUGGGGAGUACGCGUGCCCACCUGGUGGAGGAAUGAGAAAGGAUCUUUGCAAAGAAAGCCCUGUCAUUGCUAAGUAUAUGCCGACAGAGGCUGUGAGAGUGACUUGACCAGGCGGCUUGGCCGAGGACACUGGUGGCUAUUAAGCAUCUGGGUGGACCAGCAGCCCCUCCUCACCCUCGGACAGAGUAAAUUCACGCCAUGCAGGUUUGCCGGACGAGUCCGAGUGGCCCAGGUCUUGUACUAGGACGGACGUAGCUUUUUCUACGGCCAAAUGGUAACUGACCGUAGAGGAUUUCUUUUCCUUCUUUUCUUU